AUGGGCGAGUCUACUUCUGGGGCUCGCUAUUCCUCCGGAUCCGCGUCUCGCUUACUCCUCCUCACGUUUCCUAGUCUAGGCCUUCAAGUGUGUUGGUUUCUCUUAACAUCAAGCGGCACUCCCUAUCUAAUCUCGCUCGGCAUCCCCAAAUCCAUCAUCUCCUUGGUAUGGGUCACCGGUCCUAUAUCCGGCGCUUUUGCGCAGCCUAUUCUCGGUGUGCUCAGUGACGAGUCACAAUAUACCUGGGGUAGGAGGAAGCCGUUCAUCGUAGGUGGUUCGCUUUGCGCAACUAUCUUCCUGCUAGCUUUGGCGCACUCCGAAGAGCUCACAGCUUGGACAUGGAGUUUCAGUUCCGACGUUUCUGAUAACUCGGCGCACUUACCGACGCAAGUUCUCGCAGUCUUCUGUGUAAUUGUUACCACGUUCGCACUGCAGACAUACGCAGUCGGCGUGAGGGCUCUGAUAGUAGAUAACUCCCCUCCAAGUCAACAAACUGUCGCGGCUUCCUGGGCCAUGCGAUGGAACGUGCUGGGAAACGUGGUGCUCUCUUCCAUCGGCUUCGUGGAUGCCCAGUGGUCCUUGACUGGUGCCAACAGCAACGCGCGGUUCAAGAUACUCGCUCUUGCAGUUGCAGCUUGUACUUUCACGACUGUCAGUCUCACGUGCUAUUUCAUCACUGAUCAGGACGCCACAACCCCGCGCGGCCGCCAGGUCUCUUUUGCACGACGGUCAUGGUCCAUCAUCUCACCGACAGGGCUCGCCAAACGGUGGAACAAGAUCCCUCCGCGCAGUCGCCGGGUCUGCGAGAUCCAAUUCUGGGCGUGGGCAGGAUGGUUCCCCGUGUUGUACUACAUGUCAACUCAAAGACAGCUACGACAUCCCGAUCGAGAACUCGUCGAAAGUGCAAAGGACUUUGGAUUCUUUGCUUCCUUCGCUUUCGCACUAGGGUCCUUUGCUGCGAGUGUUUUGCUUCAAUUACUCGACCACGUCAUGCCGGCCUUCUCCCGCAACCUCCCCAGAGUCUGGCUUGCAUCACAGUGCUUCCUAGGAUACUGCAUGCAUCUCACCUUUGUCACUCGCAACGGCGCUACAGCCAUCAUCGUGGUCGCCAUGAUGGGGGCUACGGCCGCUGUAACGAUGUGGGCGCCGUUUGCCUUAAUCAGUGCAGAAAUCUCUGAGCUAUCCGUGGGGAAGCAAGACAGCGAGGUCGCAUGGAUUCUGGGGCUACACAAUAUGGCAAUAUCUUUGCCUCAAAUUGGCUCAACUCUACUUUGCGCAGUCCUCUUGGCAGUUCUGAAAGGUCUCGCCGUUCAGGACAGUGUUGCAUGGAUCUUUCGGUUAGCCAGCAUAGCUGUAUUUUGGUCAGCGUAUCUAAUUUACAAGCCCCAGUGA